GUUCGACUGUAAGUCCCCCACUCUUGUCAUAGAGUUAAACAAGUAAUACCCCCAGGGGCAUUGACGUAAACGAGUUUUCCACCAUCCAAAAUUCUCGUUCUCAAUUUGAUAAAAUUAUCUGUGUCCGCCACCUCCCGGGUCGCGCGUUGGCGUUACGAUCGUAGAUAAGUCUAUUAGUGCUAAACCACUGAAACUCGACGCGGACACUGGCUAACACAAGUCAGUAGUCUGCCAGCUCUUGGGCGAAGCGGAUCGCAUAUACUAAUUCUAAAGCCACUAAAAUGUCGGCUAGCAAAUGGGAAUCUGAUGAGGAGAUCCAGUAUUUCCGAGAGUAUCUACGCAUUCCGAGUGUACAUCCCGAUCCGGAUUACGAACCAUGCCUCGCAUUUCUCAGGGGGCAAGCAAAGCAGUUGAAUCUGCCCAUAGCAGUGUACUAUCCAGCAAAUGAUCUGAAUCCCGUGGCUAUUCUGACAUGGGAAGGUCUUGAACCCGAGCUGCCCAGCAUUCUGCUCAACUCCCACAUGGAUGUGGUUCCCGUAUUCCCAGAAAAUUGGACUCACCCACCAUUUGGGGCAGAUAUCGAUGAGGAGGGUCGCAUUUUCGCCAGAGGCACACAAGAUAUGAAGUGCGUGGGAAUGCAGUAUCUGGCAGCAAUUAGAGCGCUGAAAAGAAGUGGAGCUAGAUUCAAGCGAACUAUCCACAUCUCCUUUGUCGCGGAUGAAGAGAUGGGCGGUCGCUAUGGAAUGCGACCCUUUGUGACCACCGACGAUUUCCGUGCCCUAAAUGUGGGAUUCGGAAUGGAUGAGGGUUUGGCUUCACCCGGCGAAGAUAUUCCUCUAUUUUAUGCAGAGCGGGCAGUGUGGCGUGUAUAUUUCCACAUCAGUGGCACAGCUGGUCAUGGAUCCCUUCUGCUGCCGAAUACUGCGGGCGAAAAGCUAAACUACAUAGUUGGAAAGAUGAUGGAGUUCCGUAAGGUUCAGGUCCAGAGAUUGCAGAAUAAUCCAGAGUUGGUCAUUGGCGAUGUGACGACCAUUAAUUUGACCAAAGUUAGUGGCGGAGUUCAAAGUAAUGUGGUGCCUCCUUUGCUGAUGGUGUGUUUCGAUUGUCGAUUGGCUCUGGAUUUGGAUCAUCAGGAGUUCGAAGAAAAACUUCACAAAUGGUGUGACGACGUGGGUGGUGGCAUCGAAAUAACCUAUGAGCAAAAACAACCUAAAGUUCCGCCCACCGCCAUCGACGAUAGUAAUCCUUUUUGGCUGGCUUUUAAGAAAGCAACCGAUGAGUUGAAACUCUCCAUUAAGCCCCAAAUUUUUACUGGUGGAACUGACAGCAGGUACAUUCGUCAGGUUGGCAUACCAGCUUUGGGCUUCUCUCCCAUGAAUAAUACCCCCGUACUUCUCCAUGAUCACGAUGAGUUUCUUCAAGCGGACACCUAUCUAAGAGGUGUCGAAAUAUUUAAGAAAAUUAUAAGCAGCGUUGCAAAUGUUUAGUAAAUACCCAUUAUCUAGUGUGAUGUUGUACUUGAUAACGGCUUAAAUAUAAAUAAACUCAUA